AUGCAGAUGUCCGCUUCUCGCAACCCUCCGUCGCAACUCUCCUCUGGCCACCCGUCUCGCUCGCAGAAUCGGCUCUCGAGUGACAUGAAAGGUCGCGCCCCUCUCCCGGUUCCGUCCGGGCCACAGCAUCUCCAGCAGAACGGCCAUUCUCGCAAUCCCUCGGGCUACGACAUGGCCGCCCGCAGUCCACCAAAUCAAAGCAACACGAAGCAUGUGCCCUGCAAAUUCUUCCGUCAAGGAGCCUGCCAGGCUGGACCUGCUUGUCCAUUCCUCCACUCUACUGAUGCUGCGAUCGAAUAUGCACCCUGCAAAUACUUCACAAAGGGUAACUGCAAGUUCGGAGCAAAGUGUGCACUUGCACACAUCCUGCCUGACGGGAGACGAGUGAAUAGGCCAGGCGCCGGGGGUAUGGGAAUGGGCAGCAGCCACCUCAACCUCGGAGGCCGGGUCAAUCCUCAGGCGUAUGUUAACCAAGACUCGGCGUUGACCAAUUCUGUGCUCUCGCAACAACGGAUGAAUGGGAAUGAUCCUCGAUACAUCUCCCAACUUCCUUCACAAGAAGAAUUCGCCGCAAUCCAUCCCCAACAGCAACCGCAGUACGAUACCAUCCCUUCGAUCGACACCGGACUGGCGUCCGAUGCCGGCUCUCCAGCUGAGGAACUGCGAUUUCCCAUGUCUCCGAACCACAACCAAUAUCUGAGCGCCCUUGAUGCGCCGCUCCCUGCGUCUUUUGACAGCCAGGGAAUUUCUCAUGCUGCUCGCUAUGGACCCGUUGCUGCCUCCAUGCCGUCGAGAUUUGGGAUUGAACUGUCUCCGCCCGCACAGAGAGCGAAUCCGCCGCGGAAUCUCCGCGAUGCAUCUUACGGUGCUGAUGUGAAGAAACCAUCCUCUUCUUUUAUUGGGUCCUCGCCGCCUGGUAUGCUUGAAGACGGACUCGGAUCGCGAUUUCUACACUCUCAGCGACCAGUAAAGCCACGCAUGCUUUCCGCUAGUGUCCCUCGGCCAAACGCUCUGGAUGACUGGGAGGAUAGCAAUUUCUCAAUGGAAGAGGAUUAUUUGCCGAUGAAUCUUCACGACGACGUCCUCACGCCCCAGGAAAAACUCCGCCGUCUCUCCCGCACAGAUAAUGAGCUAAGUUCCAGCCACCGCGACCUCAGUGGCCUGGGCAUGAGCGGUACCAGUUUCUCAAAAGUUAACUCGCCCCUUGCAUCCAGUCCGUCUCGGUUUGGUGCAUUAUUCGCCAAGCAGCGCCAGCAGAAGAAGGAGGAAGAGGCUCACGGAUCUCUUACACACCUUGGGUCCCCUCUACGGGAGUCUGCGUUGAACUUUGGGAGCCCUAGCCUCGGCCCAAUUGGCAGCCCGCCACGAAAUUCCUCUGCCUCGAUGAUAUCCCAGCAACUUAGUGGUUUAUCCCUUCAUCCGUCCUCGGCACGCCAUGCUCCAUCGGCUCCUCCGAGUAGCCGUCUAGAUCGCACCGUAUCGUCACCGGUGAGUACUAGUAAAAUCGAAGAGGAGCAGGAACAAGGAGAGGGUGAUCUCGUCUUCUCAAUGGAAGAGGAGGAAAACAAUAAGCGGAACGGCAACGAGGAGACCACGCCGACAGGGAAGACAUCUAGCUUGCAGGCGUGA